AUGAAGGCCACUGGCGAUUUUGGCCCUGCGCCUCCGGGCAUCGACCUGGCCGAGAAUCAGCAACCCCAGAUGCUGGGUGCUGUCAUUACGUUGAUGAUUAUUGGAACCCUGGCGGUUCUACUGCGCGUAUAUACACGCGCAAAGACAACUCAGACGAAUUUUGGUCUGGAUGACCUUUUGAUCGUGGCGUCUUUGUGGUUUGCCUACGGCACUGGUAUAUGCGUGAUCGUCAGUAUCAAAUACAAAAAUGGAUGGCACCAACAAGCUCUCACCAAUUCCGAUUUUAUCGCGCUCUGGAAGCUCCUUUUCGCACAUGUCUUCCUCUACUCCACGACCGUCACAUUGACCAAAUCCUCAAUCGUUAUGUUUUAUCGUCGCAUUUUUAACCUCCGCUGGUCCCUAUAUUACGCCAUGGCCGUCGUUUUAGGCUACUUCAUUGCUGCCAUUGUCACCAUUUCAGUUGGAUGUCGUCCGACAUCAUUCUUCUGGGAGCAAUACACAGAUCCCACAGCCGAAGGAACAUGUAUAGACGUUCGUCAAUUCUUCUUCAUCAACGGAAUCUUUUCUGUCGUCAUUGAUGUCAUGAUCCUGUGUGUUCCAGCUCCUAUCAUCUGGAAUCUGCAAAUGCCCAAGUCCCAGCGCAUGGCUGUCACCAGUAUCUUGCUGCUCGGUGGUUUUGUCUGCAUUGCCGGUGUCGUUCGCGUUGUUUUCUUGCACAAACACACACAAUCUGACGAUCCCUCCUGGACAAUUGCGCCUGUCUUUGUGUGGUCCUGCGUUGAACCUUUUGUCGGAAUUGUCUGCGCCUGUCUGCCGACCUUUUCGCCUUUAUUCCGCCGCUGGUGGGCCAUUUUGGGCAUCAAGAAGUCUGCUUCCAGGAAACAAGAAGAUUAUGGUUCAGGGGGCACUCGGAAUCGUCGUUCGAGAAACCACGAAUCGGAAGAUGAGGAAGAGGGCCCUGAUGGUGAUGAGAUUCAAUUGACCAGUUUCCCUGGCUGGCCAUUGAACUUCUUGCGUGGAAAGGCUAGCAAAGAUGAUGUGAGAUUUUCCAACGCUAAGAUUCGGGUCAAAGAAGAGGUCACGAUCUCAUUUUCGGUGGAUCAAAGAUGA